ACCUAAUAAUAAUGUUAAGAAAUAUAAAAGUCACGUGUGAAGAAAAAUGGAAGCUAACAAAUUUAAACACUCUAUUAAAGUACCCACCCAAUAUAAGCGAGUUGCUGCAGUUUUGAAGACUGCUUUGGAACGUAAAAAAUCACUUAAGUCACUAAUAUUUGAAGAGAAACAUGCGCGCAUGCGAGGCAUGCAAGCGGUAUUAAAGCAAUACAUUGACAAUCGAGCGGCCAUUGACAACGCCAUUGAGCAGACAAAAAUUUUAAAAGAUAAUCCACGUUUGUGUCCUAUCCUCUGCAAAAUUCUGGUAACGGAACUAAUUUUUGGACGGAAAGCGUUAAACGGUGAAAGUAAACCCGUACUUACUGUUCGCAGUUAUCGUGAAAAACUUGUGGAAUCAUUGGGAGAAUCUGUCAAUGAAUCAAGAAAAACAAAAGGCAAGCGGUUGAAAAAAUCAAUACCUCGCUAUGUGCGUGUUAAUACAAAUUUGGUCAGUCUGGCCGAAGUGUUUGAAAUGUUGGCGGCGGAGGAGUGGCAACGAAUGGAGCAGCGCAGCUUUGAAACUUACAACGAUUUCAUAACUGCUAUCAGCACACUUAAGGAAGAUGAAUACAUGGUUGAUAUGCAUUUAGACGACCUUUUAAUAUUCCAUGCCAAACAAAAGCACUACUGGGCGUGCCAUCAGUACGUCAAAGAAAAAAAACUUAUGCUUCAAGAUAAAGGAACCUGUCUGGUGGCAGAAUUGCUGCGCCCUCCUCCGGGUUCAGUUGUCCUUGAUAUGUGUGCAGCACCAGGAAUGAAAACAAUACAUAUUAGUAAUGUUAUGCAAAAUAAAGGGACUAUUUACGCUGUUGAGCAAAACUCAGAUCGCUAUCAGAUUCUAUGUAGCAUGACCCAAUCUGCUGGCUGUCAAAUAGUCGAUGUGAUUAACGCAGACGCGCUAACAAUUGAUAGCACGCGUUGUCCAGCUGUGGAAUACAUACUUGUCGAUCCAUCAUGCUCCGGAUCAGGCAUGCAGAAUCGGAUGUCGCUAGACCCAGAUGAAGAAGAUCCUGCCCGUCUAAAACGUCUUGCUGGAUUGCAAAUUAAAAUGCUUUCACAUGCCUUAACUGCAUUUCCAAAUGUGAAACGUAUUGCUUAUUCAACAUGUUCUUUGUUUGAAGAAGAAAAUGAGCAGGUUGUGCAACGUUGUUUAGCGAUGAAUCCGGAAUUUAAAUUACUCAGUACCAAGAAGACGUUGCGCCAUAAAUGGAAUCACGUUGGCAAUGCUAAAUACAAGAAGAUCGGAAAGAAUUGUCUCUAUACCAAGCCCGAUCUGGACUAUGCUGACGGGAUAUUUAUAGCAAUAUUCGAAAAGCGGCGCACAGAUGAAGAUGUUGAUUGAAAACAUCGUUUAAUUACUUUUAUUACACUCAAUCUGUUGCAAAUUCCAAUAACUAACUCUAUUUAAUUGAUCACAUGCAAAAAAUUGGUGCUUUUUAUUUCGCUUUGGUAUUUCUUACAUUUUCAGAGUUAAUGCAAAAUCAACUUACCCCUAGCUACACUAUUAAGCCUGUACCAAUAAUAUUGGUAUUUUUCUCACAUUUGAUUGCAUAACGGAUCAGAUAGAUUGCAAUUUAGCGUCAUCAAGUUCUCCCAGCAUGUCUUGGGGACUCUCCCAAACUUUGUUUGUCGGUUUGAUGGGGUUUAUGGUAAACGUAAAGCAUAAACAUCAGUCAGUCCCCACCACAGUCAAGACUACACCACCAGAAGGAAUCAUGUUAAUAUCCGGUCCAGUACUGACACUCCAGCAACACUUACCAGAAUGUUAUGGGGAAUAUUUUAUGUGUUACAAUGACAACAAUGUCCCAUAAGAAAAAAGUAAACACAUUAAUUAGUAAUUAGAUUACGUCUAUUUCUUCAUCACCCAAAGGGGAGUUUAAUUAGGCGAGUUGGUAACAAAUAUCAAGACCGCUAUUUCGCGAACAGAUAUCACCGCGCUUGAAAGGUAAUUCUGGUCAAAUUCUACGGAUCUAGAUGCCAAAAUUGUCAAA